AUGAGUUCACUUUUGGGUUCUUAUGAAUCAGAUUUUAAGAUUACUUUUGAUCAAGCUUUGUCAGCUUUGAGUUUGGCUGCUGGUCAACCAAUACCUCAAAGGAAUGCUUCUUUGAAGCAGAUAGAGCAACAGCAGGAUGAGCUGCUGGAUCUGGUGGAUCAGAUGGAGAUCGAGGUUAAUAAUAGUGUUUCCGAUGUACAAGAACGUGCAACUUUUAAGUCAAAACUUCGUGAUUACAAGAAAAGGGUUCAAUCAGAGUUAAAGGAGCCAUUACAAAAAAUUAUGGAUGCAAGGGAUAGAGAUUUGUUAUUUGGUGAAGCUGCCAAUGCAGCAGGUUUAGAAAAUGAUGGUUCAUAUAUGGAUGAAGAUCAGAGACAGCAGUUAUUGCAAAAUCAUUCUAUUUUACAAAAAUCUGGUGAUAGAUUAAGAGAUGCCACCAGGAUUUCAAAAGAAACUGAAGGUAUUGGUGCACAAAUUAUGAAUGAUUUAAGGUCUCAAAGAGAGACUUUGGAGAAUGCAAGACAAACUUUGUUUCAAGCUGACUCAUAUGUGGAUAAAAGUAUGAAAACUCUAAAGACAAUGAGUAGAAGACUUGUUGCAAAUAAAUUUAUUAGUUAUGCAAUUAUUGGUGUCCUAGUACUUUUAAUAUUAUUAGUAUUGUUUUCAAAAUUUAGAUAA